UUGAUUUCAGGUGGAGCGUGAGAUUGCAAUUCUUAAACUUAUUGAACAUCCGCAUGUACUAAAGUUACACGAUGUCUAUGAGAACAAGAAGUACCUGUACUUGGUCUUGGAGCAUGUUUCUGGAGGAGAACUCUUUGACUACCUGGUGAAGAAAGGACGUCUUACCCCAAAGGAAGCACGAAAAUUCUUCCGGCAGAUCAUAUCAGCACUUGAUUUCUGCCACAGUCACUCUAUCUGUCACAGAGAUCUAAAACCUGAGAACCUACUUCUGGAUGAGAAGAAUAACAUCAGGAUAGCAGAUUUUGGGAUGGCCUCUCUGCAGGUCGGAGACAGCCUGCUGGAGACCAGCUGUGGGUCUCCACACUAUGCCUGUCCAGAAGUUAUCAGGGGUGAGAAAUAUGAUGGCAGGAAGGCUGACAUCUGGAGUUGUGGCGUCAUCUUAUUCGCCUUGCUUGUGGGCGCUUUGCCGUUUGAUGAUGACAACCUGAGGCAGCUACUGGAGAAGGUCAAACGAGGGGUCUUCCACAUGCCACAUUUUAUUCCCCCAGAUUGUCAGAAUCUCCUCUGUGGGAUGAUUGAGGUGGAUCCCUUAAAGAGACUGACGGUGAGAAAUAAUGUUAUAGCAUUAAUGUACCUAGGAGGGAAGAAUGAGCCCGAACCAGAGCAAGCAGUUCCCAGGAAGGUACAGAUGGGGUCCUUGCCAUCUUUAGAGGAUGUCGACCCAGAUGUGCUGGAGAGUAUGCAUUCCCUAGGCUGCUUUAGGGACCGGAACAAAUUGCUACAAGACCUGUUGUCUGAAGAAGAAAACCAAGAGAAGAUGAUUUAUUUCUUGUUACUGGAUCGGAAAGAGAGGUAUCCCAGCCAAGAGGAUGAAGACCUACCACCCAGGGCAGAUAUUGAUCCUCCUAGGAAGCGUGUUGACUCACCCAUGUUGACUCGCCAUGGGAAGAGAAGGCCAGAGAGAAAAUCUAUGGAGGUUCUGAGUGGAACGGAUGGAGGCUCACCAGUACCAGCACGCAGGGCGAUUGAGAUGGCACAGCAUGGUCAGAGGUCGCGAUCAAUCAGUGGUGCUUCUUCAGGACUUUCCACCAGCCCGAUCAGUAGUCCCAGGGUUACCCCUCAUCCGUCACCCCGUGGCAGCCCCCUCCCUACUCCCAAGGGAACACCUGUGCACACGCCUAAGGAAAGUCCAGCAGGCACCCCUUCACCAACCCCACCAUCGAGCCCAAGCAUUGGUGGGAUGCCAUGGAGAACAAGACUGAACUCUAUCAAGAAUAAUUUCCUGGGGUCACCAAGAUUCCAUCGUCGCAAGCUGCAAGUUCCCACAGCUGAUGAAAUGACCAACUUGACACCGGAGUCAUCUCCAGAACUUGCGAAGAAGUCAUGGUUUGGUAACUUCCUGACUCUGGAAAAGGAGGAUCAGAUCUUCGUGGUCAUUAAAGACAAGCCUUUAAGUUCAAUUAAAGCUGACAUAGUACAAGCAUUUCUCUCGAUCCCAAGCCUCAGUCACAGUGUGAUCUCACAAACAAGUUUCAGAGCAGAGUACAAAUCCACAGGAGGUCCAUCUGUCUUCCAGAAGCCAGUGAAGUUUCAAGUGGAUAUUACAUAUACAGAAAGUGGGGAGAAGCAGAAGGACUGUGGGAUAUACUCAGUCACUUUUACUCUUCUAUCAGGUCCUAGCAGGAGGUUUAAACGGGUUGUGGAAACAAUUCAGACUCAGCUCUUGAGUUCACAUGAACAACCGUCUGUAUUGCAGCUAUCAGACCCCAAUAACUGUAUGGAGUAUCUCAGUGGGAAGCUCUCAAAAUGUGGCCGCCCAAUCAGUAACUUCUUUGACGUACUUAAACAACUUUUUUCAGACGAGAAGAAUGGUCACGCUUCUCCCGCCCCUGGGCCCCACAGCAAGCAGCGUCCGACUGAUAAUAAGGAACAGGGGCCCCUGGGAGCCAGCGGGAAGGAAAAAAGCAGGAAAACCAGCCCCGUCAUCACUCAGGAGACCCCUGUCACUGCUUCUCCCAGCAAACAGGGCACAUAA